AUGCUCGGUUUGGUUUUGACUUGCGCUGCCCUUUACUCGGGUCGCGGGGAUGCGAGUGGAAAAGGGGGCACCAAGUCCUGUAGGCUGGGCCCUGCGGCCGCGGCCGAAGUAACGAUAAGACGAGCCCAGCCCCGAGAAGGGAAGAAACCGGCCCAAGGUCACAUCGUAGUCAGAGGCCGAGCCAGGACCGAAGCCAGAGCUGAGCCGGCUGUUACUGGAGGACCGCAGAGGCCGCAGGACCGGGGGAGGAGGAGGACCGAGCAAGUUGGGGGCGCCGCGGGAGCAGGCCGGAGAUGCUGGGUUGGUGGUGGGCCCGCGGCCGGGGAAGGCCCGGAGCCUCUGCCGCUCACAGAACCCACCCGGAGGAGCCUGGCCAUUCUGCCUCUCGUGGCCACUGUGCUGACUGCCCGCUUCUCCAGACCCCUGUCACAGCUCCCGAGGAAAACCCUGAAUUUCUCUGAUAGAGUAAAUGGAGCAAGAGGCUCGCUGCUGUUCCACUCUGCCUCCUUUGUCCCUGUUGACCGUCGGACUGACGCUGCUUCGGUGAACCCAGUUGCCAGCAAAGCUGUCUUGGUCACAGGCUGUGACUCUGGAUUUGGGUUCUCCUUGGCCAAGCAUCUGCAUUCAAAAGGCUUCCUUGUAUUUGCUGGCUACUUGAUGAAGGCUCCGGACACGCAGGCUCAGUGGCCAUGGCUCACGGGCCUAACCACUCUGCGGCAUGUGGGAUCUUCCCGGACUGGGGCACGAACCUGUGUCCCCUGCAUCGGCAGGCGGACUCUCAACCAUUGCGCCACCAGGGAAGCCCAUCAUUGUCCUUUUAUACAUAGUCAUUGUUUGGGCUUGGUUAACAAUGUGGGCAUCUCAGUGUUUGGGGAUGUGGAGUUCACCAGCAUGGAGACCUACAAGGAGGUGGUGGAAGUAAACCUCUGGGGCACAGUGCGGGGGACAAAACCCUUUCUCCCCCUCAUUUAGAGGGCCACAGCUGAUUUGCUGUCUUGCUCCGCAGGCUGCGUGGUCAACACCAGCGGCAUGCUGGGCCGCAUGGCGCACGCGGCCGGCGCCCCGUACUGCAUCACCAGGUUUGGGGUGGAGGCUUUCUCCGACUGCCUGCGCUACGAGGUGCACCCACUGGGAGUGAAGGUCGGCGUGGUGGAACCCGGCAACUUCAGCGCCACCACCAGCCUCCACGGCGCUGAGCGCAUCCAUGCCAUCGCCAGUAAGAUGUGGGACGAGCUGCCUGAGGGGGUGCGCAAGGACUACGGCAGGAAGUACUUUGACGAGAGGGUCGCGAAGAUAGAGACCUACUGCAACAGCGGCUCCACGGACACGUCCCCCAUCAUCAGCGCUGUCACCCACACCCUGACCUCCGCUACCCCCUGCACUCGCUACCACCCCACGGACUACUGCUGUUGGGUGCGAAUGCGGAUCACGACCCACUUGCCCGGAGCGAUCUCCAACAAGAUCUACAUACACUGA